AUGUCGCUUUUGAACCAGCUCUUCAACAGAGGCCUUCUCGGCGCUAAGUGUAAAACGUGCUUGAACUUGGCAAUCUCGCGGAUCAAAUUGCUGCAAAACAGAAGAGAUGUGCAGCUCAAGCUUAUGCGCAAGGAGAUAGCCCAGUUUCUAAACGCUGGCCAAGAAGCCAUUGCUCGAAUACGGGUGGAGCAUGUUAUAAGAGAGGAAAACAUAUGGGCUGCAUAUGAAAUCUUGGAGAUGUUCUGUGAAUUCAUUCUUGCGCGUGUACCCAUUCUUGAAAGCCAGAGGUAG